GCGACGGCGAAUUUUAUGGCAUCGUUGCACACCAACUAUGUGGUGAAUCUGGAUUUCGAUGCCGAGCUCCCAGAACCCGCCGAGGAUGUCAAGACGUUGAACCUCGCCAAAGGACAGCGGAAGUUCAGUUGUCGACUACCAGGUGGAAAAAACUCCACGGAACCGCGAGAUGCGCCAGAUGCCAAGAAGCACUUCUUAGCAGCAAAACUGGCACCGUUUCGCGGGAGCUGCAUCAGUAGCACCAUUGAUUUCUGGCACUAUGACCUGUGCUCUGGCAGCCGUGUUGUACAGUACCGGGAUGAUGCGGGCCUACGCUUUUCCCUCGGAGAGCACCAGGACUCAGAUCGCUUGUUGCCCACUGGAGAAGUGCGCGAGCUCUACCUGUUUGGUGCAGAGAAUCGGAGUACGGAGGUGAGAUAUGUCUGUGGCCCCGUCCUGCCCUCCUUUGAGGUCGUUGAGGACCCAGUCCACUUCUACACCAUCACUGUGCAGGGACCGUCUUUCUGUACCUGGAAAGAGAAGGAGGGUGCCGAGGCAACCACCCCUGAGGGACAGAAGUUGCUGAUCACAUCGCUGUUGGAACCCAUGAGGAGCAGAUGUUUGAACAUCACUCAGGGAUGGUGGACCUACGAGUAUUGCUACCCCACCAAAAUGGUGCAGUUCCACCUGGAGAACGACAAGCGCUCUCCGCAGUACACUCUUGGAACAUUAGAGGGCACAGGUGAAAGCCUUGAGCCCAACAAAGUCAACAUGAGCAUGUACCGCAUGAAUCCCGGCACCGGGCCACGUGAGCGCCGCGCGCCUCCGUCACGACAUUUGACGUUGGAGCAGAAACUGGGCGGUGGCGAUGUUUGCGACGAGACGAAUCGGCAUCGGAAGGUCACCUUGAACUUCCGUUGCCCGGGCGAGUGGCAAAAGAGGCCUGAGACGCGAAUCGUGGGCCUGACUGAAAGCUCCCUCUGCGAGUAUCAUGUGUUGAUCCAGACCACAUUGUUGUGCGGUCACCAUCGGCUGAUGCCAAACUUGCCGAGAGGAAAGGAGACCAUUCAAUGCGUGGCGCAUGAGGAUGGUUCGCUUUAG